AUGGCCACAUCCCGUGAAACCUCGGAGACAGAUGCAUUGCUGGCGCCGCCAACACCAACAGUCGUGAGCGUGCCCAUCGCAGAUACUGGUGAAUACAAGAACAACAAUCUAUCCUCUGGUCAGAAUGCAGUCGAUUCCGCCGCACCACGGCGUUUUCCGGCACUAGCACGCACGGCCUCAGCUCUCAGAUCGCCUUCCUCAAUCCUGCGUUCGCCCAUGCCACGAUUUACACUAGACGGUCCGCGCUUGUCAAGCUGGAGAGUCAAUAGCCGUAAUGCCACGCCACAGUUCGGUCCCAUGGAGUCGCACGCGCGCGAACAGUACCAAACGUAUGGUGUACAGAGAACACACUCGUUUCCAAGUGACUUGUACUCUGGUGCUCGAUUCUCACGGUUUGAAAUUGAAGAAGCGCUUCGACAGCGUAAUGGUUCGACGUUGAUGGAUUGGUUAAAAAGCAAGGGACGCAAUCCAUUCUAUGCCGCGAUGCGCAAGCAGCAACAGAAGGAGUCGGACAUUGAAAAGCGUGCUAAGGCACAACACCGCGAGUCGUUUAAUUACGACUUUUUUGAAAGUCGAGUGAAUAUGCAACACGACCAAGAGCAGACAGAGAGUGCUAUUCGCUCGCUUAAUAUCGCGCGUUGGGUCAUGACCUUUGGUGUUGGACUUGGUACAGCUCUGGUUGCCUGUUUUGUCGAAUUUUGGACGUCAUUGCUGUCGACAUUCCGUACGUUUACCUUAAAUUCUCUUGUGGCAGAUGAGAGAAAUGGUAUCCGCACUUUUGGUUUUGGAUACUUCGUUUAUACGCUGAUAAGCGUCGCGUUUGUCGCUGUGGCGAGCUAUUGUGUCGCGAUUCUCUGCCCUGUUGCUGGUGGAUCCGGUAUCUCUGAGAUCAAAGCGACUUUGAAUGGAAUCAAGAUUCACCGCGUCGUACGACUCAAAACGCUCUUUUGCAAAGCAUUUGGCAUCCUAUUUAGUGUAGCUGGGGGCUUGCCUGUUGGAAAAGAAGGACCUAUGAUUCACAGUGGCUCAGUCAUUGGCGCUGGUCUGUCACAGGGAAAAUCUUCAAGCUUUGGUCUUGACACGAGCUGGACUAAGUUUAAAGGAUUUCGCAAUGACAAGGAAAAGCGUGACUUCAUCUCGUGCGGUGCAGCUGCUGGUGUGGCGGCUGCAUUUGGUGCCCCGAUUGGUGGUGUGUUGUUUGCAUUAGAAGAAGGCGCGUCGUUUUGGCAUCAAAACCUCACAUGGCGCACAUUUUUCUGUGCCAUGGUCUCAGCUUUUGUGCUUAAUUACUUUAUGUCAUUCAUGGAAGCCAGUGAAGCGAGUGGUCCAACGCCGGAUGUUGGUCAUGUCUCUAUUGGUGGGACUUUAGGCACACAAACGGGAACCUUCACAUUUGGUCAAUUUACAGGCAGUAAAGCGUAUGAAGUUGUUGAUGUGCCUGUUUUUAUAGUGAUGGGCAUGAUUGGCGGUCUGUUCGGUGCUGGAUUUAAUGGUGCUAACAUGGUGCUAACCAAAUUUCGCAAGCGUUAUGUGACCCACCGCUUGUUGCGAUUCGGAGAAGCAUUACUGAUUGCAUUUUGCAUGGCAACUGCAUCAUUCUGGCUCUCGUACUUCUUUGGUACUUGUCGUGAUCUUGCUGGUGACUACAAAGACUCACUUUCGCAAUUCUACUGCCCUACAGGUCAGUACAAUGACCUGGCGUCGCUGUUUACAGUCAACUACGCUACGAGUAUGAAGCAACUGCUACACUUUACAACAGCCUCCAGCUUUACGGCCUUCUCGCUGUGUAUGUUUUUUGUCGUCUUCUACAUUUUUGCUUGCUGGACAUACGGCAUCGCUGUGCCAUCGGGUCUCUUCGUGCCUAGUUUACUUGCCGGUGCUGCGUACGGACGUAUUUGCGUCAUGAUUGUACAUUCGCUGGGUUUCCAAGUUGGUGCACAAGACGGAAUGUUUGCACUGAUAGGCUCUGCUUGUAUGCUCGGUGGUAUGGCGCGCAUGACUAUUUCGCUCACAGUAAUCAUUCUCGAGUGUACAGGAGUAAUUGAAUGGGGUCUUCCUAUAAUGGUGUCACUCAUGGCAGCUCGCUGGGUUGGUAAUAGCUUCAACGAGGGUCUGUAUGACAUUCACAUUCAUCUGAACCAUUUACCAUUCCUCGAAUUCGAUCCUCCAUACUACGCCCGAUUUUUGAGAGCACUUAAUAUUAUGAGCUCACCAACAAUUGGCUUUCCAGUCAUUCUUCCUCGCAGUCAAGAUGCGGCGGGAGGUGGCCAACGGCUAAAUUUAGGUGACAAGCGCAAGUCGCCACGUUUUUCAGGAAUCAUCUACCGCCAUCAUCUAGCUGUCCUGCUUCAACGCAAGGACUUUUUCAUCGAGAAGCCAGAACCAUUUGUACGUACGCCUGCAAGUGACACGACACUGUUAUACAAUGAUCAGUACGCACUGUCGUAUCGCGACAUGGAAGGGAGCUACCCGCGAUAUCCGUCAAUUAAUGACAUUCAGCUGGAUGAUGACGAACGGGACUUGUGGAUGGAUCUCACGCCUUAUAUGAACCCGACACCCCACACGGUUCAAGAACAAACUCCAGUGCCUCGUGCCUUUCGAUUAUUCCGAUCGUUAGGACUUCGUCAUCUCAUCGUAUUGAACCGACGAAAUGAAGUACGCGGUGUGAUUACUCGAAAAGAUUUGACUCCUGCGCACCUUAAAUUCUGCCUUGAAUCUCUUAACGAAACCGAAAAGCAGCGAAUUCAAGGUUACUUUCACCGCGAUCGAGCUGGAUCGGAACGAUUCGAAGAUGUAGAGAAAAAGCUCAUUCGCAUCAAUGACAACUCCUAA